CGACAUUUACUAACAGUGAGAAAGUAACGCGGUUAGCUCACUGUAGGUAGCCUGUCAGCUAGUCUGGCAAACGUAUGCUUGUUAGUCUAUUUUCCGAGAUGAAUGACCGGCGUUUUGCAGCUGACUGGUUUAGAUUGAAGUUUAAACAUCGUGUUCAAUCAUUAGUUUCAUUAUUGCUGGUAAACAUACUGUGACUCUCAGUCCAUUCGUGACAAUGGGGCGCUAGCGUUAUCACAAGUGUCGUGUUCUUUCACUGAGGAAAACCACGGUUGGAGACGCGUUGAGUGAGGACUGUCGCCAUGGAGCCGGCCUGCCGCAAGGACAAGCCAAAGUUGAACUCCACCCCGACCAGAGGAGACCGAGCUAAACACAAAUCUGCACAGCAAGAGCGCAAGCAGAGACAGAGAGCUGAGAUCUAUGCUUUGAACAAGGUGAUGACAGAGUUGGAGCAGCAGCAGUUUGAGGCCUUUUGUAAACAAAUGCAGUCACAGGGAGAAUAGAGAGACCUGAUUCACUGCCCUCUCCUUUCAUCCACACCAGGACUUGUCUCCCCGUACAGCGACUGAGUUUGUCUGUUUACUCCUUACAUUGAAACGCAGCCUGAUUGUGUUUUCUGUGACCACUGGGAUUUUAUUAUUGGAGGUUUUUUUUUGCCAGAAUUACAUGACAAAUACAAAUCAUAUCAAUAUUAUUGUCAAUAUUUAGAGGGUGGCCACAAAGAAAUGUGUAGUGUUAAAAAAGAAACAGACUGAACUGUUGAACUAUUAUCCUGUUCUACAGAGAACUGCUGUCUAACAAAAUGAUCAGAAUGACAAAUAAAAAUCAAAUGUUUGCCUAAAAAUGUAACAAAAAAACAACUAAGAGUGUCAUUAAAGUACCAGGUAACCGUAA